UCUAUGAUUGUAUGAACCAUGACAAAAACAAGAUAAGAACGAUGUUCUGUCCACAUCAACAACAUUCAUGAUCCAACACCCAAAACCACCCUUGCCUCAAUGACCAGCACCGUCACCCCUCUCAUACAACCGGACCCGGAGCAUUCCCCGGAAGAACCGAAUCCGCAAAAUGGGUCCAUCUCCGGCGCGGUGUUCAACAUAUCAACCACCAUGGUGGGUGCCGGGAUCAUGUCGGUUCCGGCGACGAUGAAGGUGCUGGGCAUAAUUCCGGGGUUCGCGGUGAUCGUGCUGGUGGCGCUGAUAACAGAUGUCACGGUGGAGUUUAUGUUACGGUACACGAGCUCCGGCGAGGCCACUACCUACGCCGGUAUGGUGGGGGAGUCAUUUGGGUCCGUAGGAUCGUUUGGUGUUAAGAUGUGCGUCAUCAUUACCAAUCUGGGAAUCCUUAUCAUCUAUUUGAUUAUUCUUGGUGAUGUGUUGUGUGGAAACGAGUCGAAAGGAGUCACACACUUGGGUAUUUUACAAGAAUGGUUUGGCAUCCAUUGGUGGACCUCUCGAGCUUUUGCUCUUCUCAUAGUUGCAAUCUUCAUAAUGCUUCCACUAGUUUUGUUGCGGCGUGUUGAUUCACUGAGGUAUAGUUCUGCAAUAUCAAUCCUACUAGCAUUGGUGUUUGUUGCAAUAUGCUCAGCAAUGGCGUUUGCUGCAUUAUGGUCCGGCAAAACUGAAUCACUGAGGAUACUCCCUGAUUUCUCUCAAGUCACUGUCCUUGACCUUUUCACCACUGUUCCAGUGUUUGUCACAGGUUUCGGAUUCCAUGUCAAUGUUCAUCCAAUUAGAGCAGAGCUAGGAAAACAAGCAGAUAUGGGUUUGGCUGUGAGGAUUUCAUUGAUGAUCUGUGUGGCCAUUUACUUUGCAAUUGGCUUCUUUGGUUACCUAUUGUUUGGAGACUCCAUCAUGCCUGAUGUGUUAGUAAACUUUGACCAAAACUCCAAGUCAAGUGCUGGUAGAUUCCUCAAUGACAUUGUUAGAUUAAGCUAUGCACUCCAUCUUGCACUUGUGUUCCCCAUCAUGAACUAUUCCUUGAGGGCCAACAUUGAUGAACUAUUGUUCUCAAAGAAGAAUAAGCGUGCCCUGGCUUUAGACACCCCAAGAUUUGUGUCACUCACACUCAUUUUGCUGUUUCUUACAUACUUUGUGGCUGUGGCAAUCCCAAAUAUCUGGUAUUUUUUUCAGUUCUUGGGGUCCACAACUAUUGUUUGCCUCUCAUUUAUCUUCCCUGCAGCACUCAUUCUAAGGGAUAUGCAUGGAGUAUCAAGGACAAAAGAUCAAGUCAUGGCAAUAGUGGUGAUUGUUUUGGCUAUAGGGACAAGUGGAAUUGCUAUAUGGACCAACUUGAGUGGUUCAAGAGCUGACUAACCUUAAUCUUACACUGCAGAGUCCUUUCAAGUUUUAAUACCAGAAACGGAACAAGUUGUGUAAAGAAUGGGGCGGUUCCCUAAUAGAUUAGAUUGUUUUGGCUAUAGGGACAAGUGGAGUAUUGUAUUUGCCCCUCUUAAUUUUUACCCUACAUUCUUCAAUUAGCUAUUGUUAAUUAUGUUUAAUGUGUUAAA